UCAAAACCAAAACUUCUCAUUUCCUACACAAAAGUUGAACAACAACAACAAUCAAAGUUGAAAAUUUUGAAAAUACAACUUUUAGCAAGAAUCAUGGAAAAAGAAUUCCAAUCGGUAGUUUGUAGAGGAAAUUAGUGGAAUUCUUCAAGAAAUCUCUUCGCUUCAUCGCCGUGCUCCACCGCAGUCAACGACUCCGGUUGCCUGAACCCUAUCCUCGUCAAAACCGCAAAAUCCAUCAGCAACAACUCCACCGGCUCCGCCUCCUCCGUCGUCCUCCAAGAAGAUCCAAAACCAGAAAAACAUGCCGAUUGAUUCAACUUUUCACAUGAUUGCCGACGAUAAUUGGAGUCAAGAUUUGAUGCAAGUAAAUUUUCUCACAUAAUUAUGUUAAUUUCUCACAAAUCACCAAUUUCAUAAAAUCCCUAAGAAAUGGUCCAAAAAUUCAGUAGCUGCCCUAAAAAAAGCCAUGAUAGCGCAAUAUCACAAUGAAUAAUCUCGAGCUAACGAAUUCCGUCGCAAACACAGCCACGAGCUUCCCGCUAAAUACUUCGUCGCUACUGCACACGCUGUUCGAGGCCAAUGAUUCUCAGCCUCUUCUCGAAAAUCCGGCGACUAAUUUUGCGUCGCCGCCUAAUUUGAGGCCCUCUUUUCCUAAGCAGCAACAGAUUGCUAGCAAUUUUCAGCUCAUCAACAACGCUUCUUUCUGGAAUGCGACGGCCGGAGCGAGCUUUCUCCCGUCGUCGACGCCGCAGCUCAUUCCCUCAGCUCUUGCUAAACCGAAACUCAAUCACCAGAGCUUCGGUUCAAAGAAUGUUAAUCGGAAGGCAGUCGGAGCAUACGCGGCGGCGAUGAAGGAUGGAAAUGAACCUUCAUUAAAGCGUGCAAGAAUUGAAACUCCAUCGCUGAUAUGAGUAUUCUAUUAUUAUUAUUUUGUUUAGAUAUUAUAGGGAUUUAGCAUAUCUUCUUUGUAUCCACACGUAUUAUAAAUAUGUGUGGAGUCUUCCCUAAUAUUCAGUCAAUUAGUCAAUCGAAAUAUCAUUAUUUUGCUCACUUGCUUAGCAAACAAGAAAUCUCUCAUAAGGCUGCCGACGAGUAAAUCUCGCGCUCAGCCGCCCCUUUUGCCGUUCAAGUCGCCGACCCAAACGUUGGGCGCUCCACAACGACGACAACCGUUUCUUGAUUGUGUGGAAAAUUCGACGUUGAGGAUCGAUAUCCUUAACAACUGGUGCUCAAAUGUUGCUCAAAGAGGAGGAUGGUUCUAUUGGUGAAGCGGAGAAGAUAAUCGCAUCGUUCAAUGUUGCUCAAAUGUCAUCGGAGGAUGUUGUGAAUUAUUGGUUUAAGAGAAGAAGUGCUUGCACUGGUGUAAGGAUAACUGCCUUAUGUGGAUUUCUUUGAUGGCGAUGUUCCAAGUAUUGUUCAUCGUUCGACAUCACUUGACGUCGAUACACGAUUCAUCCAUCCGUGCAAUGACACACCAUGUUUGAGCAUUCUUGGAGGUGAUAAAGGGAGACAUUCAGUUGUUCGGUAUACAUUUGAUCCAGGAGGAGAAGCCUCGCCAACGUUGUUGCUUUCAACUGUCAUCGUUGUUUCGUGAUUCCCACCUUAGGACAAGGUGAAUUUUAACCGUGAGGGAGUUGAUACGAGUAUUCUAUUAUUAUUUUAUUUAGAUAUUAUAGGGAUUUAGCAUAUCUUCUUUGUUUAGAUAUUAUAGGGAUUUAACAUAUCUUCUUUGUAUCCACACGUAUUAUAAAUAUGUGUGGAGUCUUCCAUAAUAUUAAUUGAGAGCAUAUCUUCUUUGUAUCCACAC